AAGGACUUAGUUUUCGAUUGAUGGCUUAUUGUCCAAACAACACUUUUUCAGUAUUAAGGAAAACAGUUGAUGAUGCACUUUAUGGCGUCCAGAGUUCGAAGAAUGCUUUUUUUAUAUAAAAACAAUAAAAACAACCAAAAUAAUGUAGAUUCCAAAACAAAUCAGGAUGUCAAAUGUAUUCCUUUUGAUAAAAAGAAGUUCGACUUGAGAAAAGUUGAAUUACUACGUACCGUCGGCACAGGAACCUUUGGUCGUGUAAUUGUGGUUCAUGAUAAAUGUUCACAACAAUACUAUGCAUUGAAAGUGUUGAUAAUCGAGGAAUUGGUACGACUGAAACAGGUAGAACAUGUCAAGAACGAAAAGUCAAUACUAAUGCAAUUAAAUCAUCCUUUUAUUGUAAAACUAGAAAAUUUUCAACUAUUUAGCAACCAAAUUGUGAAUAUCGAUAAAAUGUAUUGGACUGGACAUGAUGCGAAAUUUUUAUACAUGUUAUUCGAAUAUGUAUGCGGUGGUGAAUUGUUUAAAUAUCUUCGAGAAGUGGGCCAUUUCUCAUCUGAAACUACACGAUUUUAUACAAGUGAAAUUAUUUUAGCACUGAAAUAUUUACAUAGUUUGAAUAUCGUGUAUAGAGAUUUAAAACCGGAAAAUUUGCUUUUGGAUUAUUCAGGUCAUUUGAAGAUGACUGAUUUUGGAUUCGCAAAGCAUGUUAAAGACCGAACUUAUUCACUUUGUGGUACACCAGAAUACUUGGCACCUGAAAUUCUCCAGGGUAAAGGUCACAAUCAUGCAGCUGAUUGGUGGACUACAGGAAUUAUUAUUUAUGAAAUGUUGGUUGGUCGUCCACCAUUUUAUGAUGAAAACGAUAAUCGAUUGUAUAUAUAUCAGAAAAUUGUAUCAGGAGAUUUUGACUUCCCAGACGAAAUCGUAGAUGAAAAUGCUAAAUCAAUCGUCAGGAAAUUUUUACGUGUGAAUCUCAAUGAACGACUUGGCAGUUCUAAAGAUAGUAUGUAUGAAAUAUUAGAACAUCCGUGGUUCAGUGAUAUUUGUUGGAGUGAUGUUUUCCAGAGAAAGUUAAAGCCCCCAAUCAUUCCCAAUGUACAGAGUGAUGGUGAUACCUGCUGUUAUGAACAGUAUUUUGAACAAGAUUGGUCCGAAAUUCCCUUAUCCAGUAUUAGUUCUCGUAAUUUAUUCAAAGAAUUUUAAUGGAAAAUAUAUACAUUACAAUUCAAUUCAUUUGUCUACUAAUAAUGAUGAACUUUACACUCAACAAACCAUCAGUUUAUUUAUUGAUCUGAGUUACAAAUAAAUGUUCAAUUAUGAAAUACUUUCAAAUCUAAGCCAAAUAAUAAAAUGAAAUUCAUGGUUAACUGACAAUAAAAAUAGAUAUAUGAUUAUUCCUGUGAAAAGGUAUUUAUCAUUCAUACAAUAUGCCAUCACAUUUCCAAUUCAUGUAUUGAUAUUUAUAUUAUAUUUACAUCAGUAACAUUACCACUGAGAAACUAAUUUGCUUUCGUUUAUUACCUCUUUAAUGCUUGUAAUGGUUAUCAAAAAAAAAAGAAGAAAUAUAUGAGUUUUCAUUUUUCUUGUGUGUGUAUGUGUGUCUAUUUUAAAUCUGUCAACUAAACUAAAUUGUUCUGUACAAUAUUAUCAUUAUUAAAUCUUCUUUUCAUGGAAACAAAAUCAGAUAUAUCAACCAUUAUAAUAUUAAUCUUAUUGUCUAAUUGUAUUUCACUUGAUCUAAUUCUAAAGAUCUUUAUGUAUAAAAAGAAAAACUUUUUAUUCUAAUUCACAAUUCAAAAUGAUAUCUAUAUCUGAAGUAUAAAUCUUGUACUUCAUUUGAAGUCCCUUUUUUUC